AUGUUGGAUUAUAGUCCCCUGGAAGCUGAGUUGCUAGCCACGUAUGGACUUGGGACAUUACGUCCUACACGGCGGGAAGAUGUGGUCAAUAUUGAUGAAAGCUACCCUAUGAGAGCAUCCGAUUUGACAGUGGAAGAGCGAUUCAAGCUUUUGAAUAGGUUGGACGACUCGACCGCGGGAAAGAUGAACAUUUUGAAACACGAACAUGAACAUGACCUUGAGGAUCCAUUGAAAGGUAAAGGCUCCAAUAUCAUACAGGACUUGAUGCGCAAGGGCAUCAUCCAAUCACCAGGUGACGCAGUUGUGAAUAACUUUCUAGUCAGUUCACAAGAAUUCAACUCGUAUAAAUAUUUGACCACGGUUCACAAGGACACACCUUUAGCAGAGUUGGGUAGUGCGUUGAAAGUUUUGGAGAAAAGCAUACAUUCAUAUACCAGCGAUUUAAGGCAUGAUAUUGAAGUAAAUUUCGAGAAAUUUGUCGAUUGCAAACAAUGUAUAGACAAGUUAUUGGCUGAGUUUGUAAACCAGAAAACUAAAGUGCAACAGGAUAGAGAAAACUCAAAGGUUUUCAACCCUCGCCGACACAAAUUGGCAUUUACCAGUAAAGGAGCAGAAACAACAGCAACUCACGGUGGUGAUAUUUCAUCGGAAUUGGAGGCUUCGUUGAACAACUUGAUCACCACAACAUCGCUUAUGAUUCGGCCUAUUUCAGAUAAUCGAGCAAAAGAGCAAAAAAUAGCCAAUAUUCUCGAAUUUAUUAAAGCUAAUGAAUUCUUUUUCAAUCUACCUUUGAGCUUGAUUCAGGCUCUUUCGGCAAAUGACAAUAACAAGUUUAUCAAUGAAUAUAAUUUAUACGUGCGUCAAAAGAGGCAAUUCCAACGAGAUUUCGAGGCAAGAAGUAACCACCAAGCUGAAAAAAUUCGACAAGAAUCGAAAGCACUGCAAUCAGACUCGUCUGUUUUGGAAGCGAACUUGAAAGAUUUGGCUGAUGAGAACGCAUUGAAGAAGACAUUAAUAACCACGGUGUUUAACGAAGUUGAUCAGAUAGCCAGUCAGUAUAGAAACAAGGUUCAUGCUGAAUUAUUAUCAUUGGAUCAUGAAGUCAACAGUAGACGCGGAACUGAUUCUACAUAUACCACCGAUAACUCCAAAUUUAUGACAUUAGUAGAGAGUUUGCUCAAGAUAUCAACAAAAGGUCAAGAAAAGGAGGAGAAUUUUGUUCAAUUAGGGCCAAUCACCGAUUUUCUCAAUAAACAAAUUGAAAUUCUUGAUAAUGAUUUCGAAUACCAAGUCGGGAAAUUUGAUGGUAAAUUUUUGCUCAUGCAGAACAAGUUGAUUGAUUAUGUUGCAUCACUCAAGGUUGAGAAAAGAAAUGGAUCGCAUAUUAAUUAUAUUGCAGAUAAGUAUGAAAAAUAUAAAGAGGAUAUCAAAUUUGCUAAAACAAAUGAGGACAAAAUGAAUAUUAUUGAAGAGGCAUUUGGAACUAAUGAUUCCCUUGAUUUGAGUUUGGUGAACGAGACUUGGUUGGUGUUAUUGAAUUUUAUCAACUACCUUGAAGUCUUGUUUCUUCGACUUGCUGAUAAAUUUUUUAAUAAUUAUGCCCAUUAUUAUAGGUUGGGAGUAGACCCCAAUGGAACAAUAAGGGACCUGUUUUUGAAAGUUAUUGAUCAAGUCGUGAUGGUGUUGGUCACCUUAUUUGCUGAUGAGAGUAAAGAUAAAACUGGUGGUGUUCAACAGCUAGAGUCACUGCCAUCCAAUUAUAAGCAGUUUGUUCCAUGUUAUGCCAACUCUUUAUCUACAGCAUAUCAUCUUGGGGUAAUACAAGCAACUGUUAACAAAUUUAUGCAAAGGUUGGGGAAAGUGGUUGGGAGUAUUGGGAAUGUGAGUAGAUACCAAGAUACUAAUAAGUCAUUAAAGCAAUUGAAGAAUUCCUCAGUUCAAAUAAAUCAGAAAAUCUUGGAGGCCAUAUGUUCAACUUGGGUCAAUGAUUGUUCGCAAUUUUAUGAAAUGGAAGACUGGAAAAUAGAAGGGAGACAUAAUCUAAAAGAUGGUUCAUGUACUAAAUUGAUGAAUAUUAUCGAGUAUUAUCAAUUGUAUAUGAUCAAAAAGAUUGCGAAAAUUGUUACUGUUGGUACUGAAGAAAGCGAGUUUAAUAUUGUGGCAAACUAUCCAAGCAAAAGAAUAUUGAUGAGUAUAGAAAUUCAGUUCAUGCGUACUUUAAAUAUAGUUGUUGAUUCAAUGAUGAAGAAAUAUAACAUAGAUAGACAAGGAUUGCAUCGAAAUGAUCUUGCCAUUAUCACCACCACCAUCAAUAACAAUAAUAGUGGAUCCAGCAUUGAGAUAUUCAAGAUCUUGACAAUGAACAAUUUUGACAAAUUAUCGCGUAUAACGUACCCUAGAUUAAUAGUGGAAUUUGACAAACAAUAUUCCAAAAAAUUAUCUAAACAAAAUUUGAAGUUAUUUACAGAUAUAGACAAGGCCAGCUUGACUAUAAUUGAUGAUAUUCUAAAUAAUGAAAAGGGUUAUGUGGCCAACAUUACCAAUAACUUUUUCCUUGCCAUGAAUCCAGAAACAAAUGGCAAAGAUGUUGAACCAUCACCAUUGUCAUCGUCACCAUCGUCAUCAUCAUUAGCCUAUUCCAAGUCGCCAUUAACAGUAGACGGCUUUGUCUUUGAAGUAUUGGUAUAUUUUGUCAAGCUUGUACAUUGGUUAAAGCCAUUAACAAGCGAGGAAAUCUUUGUAACAAUACUAAAUGAAUUGCAAAUGUCAUUUUUGAAAAACAUUUUGGAUAAUUUUCGAACCAACCAACAUUUCGUUAAUGCAACAAGUUUAUUAAAUUUGAAUUUAGAUUGUCGAUUUAUUGAGCACAUUUUUGAGUCUUCCAAGUAUUUGAAGUUCAAUGAAUCGACAAGUAAAAUAUACCAGUUGCUUCUUAAUGAAAUUGAAGCUGCAAAGAAGGAAAUAUCGGACGAGAAGAUUUUAGAAAUGUAUGAUGAUAUCGAUGAUGUAUUGAACCAAUAUUUAAAGGAUACUGCUAUACAAUUCAAUUGUUUUUGA